AUGCAGAAAGUCAGCAAAAAAAGCCUGAUGCAGGUGAAGGUAACCGAAAGAAGAACGGAUCGGAUCAGUGAUUUACCUGAUGAAAUCCUUUGCAAGAUUCUUUCUUCUCUUCCAUCCCAUUCUGCAAUACGAACCAGCAUUUUGUCAUCAAGAUUUAGGUACCUUUGGAGGUCAGUCCGCAUUCUUGAUUUCAGGGACAAUCUAAGUCCAGCAAAGACCUUUGAGAAAUUCUUGGACAAAGCCUUGAGUAACCAUGAAGAAUUGCAUAGGCUUCGGACGUUUCGUCUCAGGUGUUAUGACCCCAGCUAUAGCGUAACCAAGAUGUCUAACUGGAUUCUCUCUGCAACUGCAAGUGUGUCUACUCUUGAGGAGCUUGAUAUCUACGUAAAUAACGUUCAUAAGAUUCAUUAUGUUAAUUUACCUUGUAUACUUUUUUCGUGCCAAAGACUGAAAUCUCUAAAAUUGGCUGGUUGUAACAUAGUUGAUAGCAUCCCUGCUGACGUGGUGUUUCCAUGUCUUAAGACCCUCAAGCUUGUAUCAAUCUCUAUCUUGGAUGAUAACCUUUUCAACAAGCUUCUCUCUGCUUUCCCUGUGCUUGAAAGGUUCCAUAUAGAAGAUUGCCUCAAGGGAUCAGGACUACAUGUAAAAUAUCUUAGAGGUUCUAUGAUACAAGGUGAUUGUCAGAAUAACCUAUUGUCCCUAGAUGCAGCAAGCAUCAAUGUCACUGAGCCUAAUAGGGCUUCCACCUCCAAGCUCUUGACGACCAUCUAUAACAAGGUAAAGCAGCUGGAGAUAUACGAAGACAAUAUGUUGCUGAGCCUUGGACUUAUCAGGGAACAUGAGAAUCCACCUCUUUUCCAGAAUUUGGCACAUCUUGUGGUUGAAGUUGAUUAUAUGUAUGACUGUCAAGCUUUGCGUCUCUUGCUAGACCAUUCACCUAAUUUGACUUCCUUGGUGUUGGAAAAGAAAUUUCCAUAUAAACUGGUUCGCAACGACAGGUGGAAUGCACCGCCCGCUGCUUGUUUGUCAUGCAACCUUGAGACAGUUCAGAUUAAUAGAUUUCGCAAGAAAGAUGCGGAAGUUGUGAAAUACUUUUUGAGGAAUGGAUUGGCAUUGAAGAAGCUGGUUGUAUGCAGUGCAAGAGCUGUAAGCAGUAAAGUAAUAGCAAGCAUUCUCGAUGCACCAAGGGGUUCAAGUCAAUGUCAAAUAGAAUAUCAUUUACCUGUAUCCUCAUUGAAUAAUGAAAAGCAUUAG